ACAUGACAUGCAAAAUUAUGAUAUUGUACAUGACUUUCUACAAUAUUUGACCAAAAAUGAAUGUUUGAUUUUGGAUUUUGAGUUGGAUGCUAGUGAGAGAAGGGAUGUGGCAAAGGAUAAAGUUCAUCAUUUGACCUUAGUGCAUGCAACCGAGGGUGAUUCUUUGAAAUCUUUUCUCCCUAAUUAUAAAAAAUUACGUACCUUGAUAGCUAUAGAAUCAUCCAAAAAUUCCAUUGGCCCAAUAUUUGAGUCGGUAGUACAAUUGAAAUGCCUUAGAACAUUAAACUUGAGUGAUUGGCGGGGGGAGGAUUGUCUCAAAGAAAUUCCCGAGACGAUAGGUGGAUUGAUACAUUUGAGGUAUCUUGAUUUAUCCGGUAAUGAAGGGUUGGAAGAAUUACCCAGCGCCCUGGGCAGCUUAUACAACCUGCAAACCUUGCGACUUGUUGGCUGCUCUAGUCUCAAAAAAGUAGAUGUGCGAGGGCUGAUUAACUUGAGGCAUCUUUAUGUUGAACGCUGUCCUUGUCUAAAUCUAAUUAAAGGGAUUGAGAAAUUAACAGAUCUGCAAAGGCUAGAUUGGUUUCGUGUCCCAGAUGGUGAUGAAGGAAACAAGUUGGAAGAUCUGAAAGACUUGAACCAGCUUCAAGGGAGUCUUGAUAUUUAUAUUCGAGGAAAUCCAAAUAUGGCAGCAAAUAAGGUUCACCUCCUGCAAUUGCACCUAUAUUUCUUGACGGGUGAUGAAGUAAAGGAUAGAGAGAUUAUGAAUGGCUUAGAGCCGCAUCCAAGUUUGGAAUCUUUAUUCAUCUCUAGCUAUAGAGGCGGCGCCUUCUCCCAUUGGUUGUCGUCUUCAAACAGCUUGAGAGUGCUCACCCUUAGUAAUUGCUUCAACUGUGGGUUUUUGCCUCCUUUAGGGAAACUGGCGUCCCUUGAAUCAUUGGAUAUUGCGAUGCUCCCGGGAGUCUCAAAGGUAGGAAUUGAGUUUUUGGGAAUAGAUGAUGGGCAAACCUCGUCGUCGUCGUCUUCCAUUUUCAUAUCAUUCCCCAAGCUUAAACAACUCACCUUCCGCUGCAUGUUGUCAUGGAAAGAGUGGGUAGGAGUGGAAAAUAAUAAUAUUACAAUCAUGCCAUGCCUCUCUCAGUUGACAAUUGAGGACUGCUGGAAGCUAAAAGCACUGCCGGACUUCCUGUGGAAGACACCACUACAGAAAUUGCACAUCUUGAGAUCUCCAAUUCUCCGAGACCUUUACAGACAAGGACUAGGUGAGGAGUGGGCCAAGAUUUCUCACAUCCCAACCAUCAAGAUUGAAGACGGAUCGGAUUUUCAACCCGGCCGGCGUGGUCUAUUCUAGGGACGCAUGUCUUCAAGAUUGAUGUCACUAUUGGAGGGCAGAACGAAACAUCAACUGAUCGAGAAGCAUUAGGCAUUGUCUUCUUCAGAUACAUUAGCGAUUAGUUGAGCAUGAUCUGGCAAAGUUAUUGCACUGACCAAACCUAUGAGGAUGCUGAAGAGGUCAAAGACUCGAAGAUCUUAAUGGUUGCUGUUUAUAUAUGUGCUUCCUCAUACAUAUGCUCAACUCCUUAUCAGUUUUAGCCAUCUUUACUUCUUCGGCUUGAAUUUCUUCAAGAUACAGAAAAUGAUGAUUCACGGCCAUGUGAAUGGCUGAAUCGAUUGCUGGACUUCCCAACGCAAGAUGAUCCUCACCCCCUCAGGUGUGAAUUGCACCAGGCUACUUGGAACUGCUCGUAUUGAAGCUACAUGCGUUCAGAAUGGCAUCAGAAUUUGGUACGCUGCAUUCGUACCAAUUUGUAGAUUAUAUUAUAACUUGAAGGUCUUGGUUUUCAAGUUGGACUGAUUAGCUAAGUCACAGAAAAUCUUUGGUUAGUUACUUAAACCGAGGAUGGAGCUUAGUCAAGAACAUCUCUUCAAUUGUCUGGACUUUAUUAUACUUACUGGAAAGCUAUGCAAGGUUGUGACAAUGAGAUGUCAUUGGAGAAGUUAAACUCGGGAUUGUUCCUUUGGUCUAACUAGGUUGUGCUAUCUCGUGUAUGUCCUUCUGCUCAUCUAACUUAUAUCUUCAUUGAUUAUACAGGUGAUCAUGACUGUCAGGAGCUUAAGAGGUCACAAACAGCACCAGUUAGAGACAUGUUCUUAAAGCAUUGAAAGAAGGCAUGAGGAUACUGAAGGCUGCCAGUUCGAAGACCUUCCUGGCUGGUCAUGAUACUCUUCUUCCUCUGAUGCUGGAACUUGAGUCCCUAUCAAGUAAAUUUCAGAAAGAUUGCAAGCACCCUUCUGUCUACGGAAUUGGGAGUUUAGGCUUCAAACUUCUGCUGGUCAGACUCCUACCCUCAGAAGAAAAUCGCACCAACAUACGUGUACUGAGGCUUCAUUUAGAAUGGCCUUAAAGUUGUAAAGCUAAUGGGAUGCUAAUAUGGUUGGACUGUUGAAGCAAUGCAUCUGAGGCACCAAUCACACCUACAUUUGGCAAGCUGUGGGCUGGCCAUGACAGAUCAAAGAAGGGUGCAGUCAAACAACCAUUCCUUGCAGGAGAAUGUCAAGCAACGACAUUACAACAUGCAAUUACAAAGUUAUUUUGUGUCACCCAUUCGACUGAUGGAUGAGGCUAUCUUACAUAAACUAGAUUGCUUUUAACCUUUUGGUUGAUCCGAUGUAUUAAGGAUGGUGCCUAGCCAAGCAGCUGAGUCAUCUCUUCGAGUGUCUCGACUUCAUUAGGAAGCUAUGCAUGGUUGUAAGGUGUGACUAUGAGCCAUCAUAGAAGAUUGUUCAACUUGGGAUUGUUUCUUUGGUCUACCUAGGUUGCUAAGUGCUCUUGAGAAGCAUUUAGAAUCGCCUUGGAGUUGAAAGCCUGAUUGAAUUGUACUUUGGUGGAGGAUGGUAAUAAUGAUAUGCCAAUAUUUGAUUGUAAUCCUAGUUUGAUCAACUUCCAAACAGGUCUCACUUCCCUAUUAAUGCGACAGAGUGAUAGACUAACAUCGAAUCACCAACAUCUAACCUGCCUUAUAGAUUCUCUACUUAUGCAGAGAGGAUAAGCACUAUAUCUUCCUUCAUCAACAGAAUCUUCCAUGUAGUUUGUCCGCCAAACAAAGAGUACGAGCUGAAAUGAGUGAAGAACUGUUGACUGGCUUGAGUGAAGAACAUCAACUGCCACAGAACCAGUGACUGUUCCAGGAAUGAAG